UGCGCCGGCCAAGCCCAGGCUGCCGCCCAGCGAGCCCCAGUCCAUGGUGAAGCGGGUGCCGGAGCACGUGCAGGUGGACGACCCAGCAGCACAGCGGAGACUGGCGAAGAAGCUGGAGCGGCAGCAGGUUCCUCUGAGGCUAGACUAUGGCGCCAAAGUCAACCUCUUCUCCCACUUGCACCAGUACAGCCGGAAGGUGCCGCUGACCCAGCAGAUGAGCAUCCCCGCCACGGCGAUCCAUCCGGCUGUGGUGCGGCUCGGCCUGCAGUACUCCCAGGGGCUGCUGAACGGCUCCAACGCACGCUGCCUCGCCCUGCUGCAAGUCUUCAGACAGGUGAUCCGGGAUUACUCAACGCCGCCCAACGAGGAGCUCUCGCGAGACCUGGUGGCCAGGCUGAAGCCCUACAUCAGUUUCCUGAACCAGUGCCGGCCCCUCUCCGCCAGCAUGGGCAACGCCAUUAAGUACCUCAAGAAGGAGAUCUCGGGCCUGCCCAGCAGCCUGAGAGAGGAGGAGGCGAAGGGGAAACUGCAGGGCAGCAUCGACGGAUACGUGAGGGAGAAGAUCCAGCUGGCAGCCGAAGCUAUCUCCAAAUAUGCCUUCGAGAAGAUCAGUGACGGUGAUGUCAUCCUGGUGUAUGGAUGCUCCUCCUUAGUGAACCGCACACUGUGUGACGCCCAUGACAACGGUCGUGCCUUCCGGGUGAUCGUGGUGGACAGUCGGCCGCGGCUGGAGGGCCGGGACACACUACGCAGGCUGGUGCGCGAGGGCAUCCGCUGCACCUACGUCAUGAUCACCGCCAUCUCCUACGUGCUGCCCGAGGUCUCCAAGGUGCUGCUGGGGGCUCACGCGCUGCUGGCCAAUGGCUCCGUCAUGUCCCGGGUGGGGACGUCCCAGAUCGCGCUGGUGUCCAAGGCCUACAAUGUGCCUGUGCUGGUGUGCUGCGAGACCUACAAGUUCUGUGAGCGGGUGCAGACGGACUCCUUUGUCUCCAACGAGCUGGAUGACCCCGAUGACCUGAUCGUGCCCGGGAAGGGAGGAGCCCAGCUGCGUGGCUGGAAGGAGAACUCGUCCCUGCGCCUUCUCAAUCUGGUCUAUGACGUGACCCCCCCCGAGCUGGUGGACCUGGUGAUCACGGACUUGGGCAUGAUCCCAUGCACCUCGGUGCCUGUCGUCCUGCGCGUCAAGAACGUGGAGCAGUAGUGGGCGGGAUGGGGGCUGCACGGACCCUCAAUAAACCCUGCUGAUCUCA